AAUUUUAUUCGUGUUUCAGAUUAAUUUAUUACAAUAUCCAGUGUCCUGCUUUAUUAAACAGCUGAGACAAUACAGAAAGGAAAACUAGAAAUUAAAUUAUCUAUUUAUGCCUUUUAAUUUUAGGGAAACGGAGGCUUCAUAGCACUCAAAAAUUUUAUUAUGACAGUCAAACAGUGGUUCACAAUAGUGUUCUAAAAUUUAAAAAAAUCUUUUUGAACUUCACAUUACAAUGAGCAACUGAGCAGAUGGUACUAAGAAAAGCUUCAGGUGUGUCUUCCUCUUUUAUACAUAUUUUGUUUAAUUUAUAUUGAAAUGCAGUCCAGAGAUGUUAUGUUUCGUUUUUAUUUUAUUUUAUUUUUUUUUUUUUGAGACAGAGUUUUGCUCUCAUUGCCCAGGCUGGAGUGCAGUGGCAUGAUCUCAGCUCACUGCAACCUCUGCCUCCUGGGUUCAAGCGAUUCUUCUGCCUCAGCCUCCUGAGUAGCUGGGAUUACAAGUGUCCACCACCCAGAGACAUAAUGGCCAUUUUUGAUAUUGUUAUGGACAAAACUUUGAUUGGUAUAUUAAUUAUAGGCAAUUUCAAGAUAGAAGUAUAGAAUUAUGUGAAUUUUUGCUUAGAAGAAAAUGAAAGCAAAUAACACAUACAUGCUGCUGAAUUGCUUCAAAAAAUUAUAUGCAAAAAUUGACGCUGUAGUCAAUGCUGAUUUUCCUUAGUAUGAAAAAGGUGACUUUUCAGUCUAUCAUGUACUUUCUUGGAGACUUUUACUAAAGAUUUAUCUGCAAAUUAAUGGAAAAAUAGGGUGUAAUGAAUAAAAAAAGAGAACCAAACAGCCCCAUUUUCACUCCCUCAACCUUUGGCUAGAAAGUAAGUAUUCUAAAAGUUAUACUUUGGAACCAUAUCUCCUGGGUUGAUCUUCUACUCAGUUUUAGCAUGUCAGUUGAUUUUUAUUCCUUCUUGCACAGUUAUUUGUUCCCAAUUCUUCAAUAUUAAAUAGGUUCUUAAAAUUCGAAAAGGAGUAAUGGUGAAACAGUGUUUCCAAAACACAACAUGACAGGUAAGGAGUUCUAAGAAACAUUUACAAGUUAUUUUUAACCGAGAAUGCCUUUUUUACUUCCUACACUCUUGUAUAAAUGUAGAUGGGGAAGGCAUUAUUAUUUUCUUUACAUAAUUGAGAAAACUGAAGCAGAUAACAUAUUAAAUGAUGGCUUUUGCAGCAUCAAGGUUGUGAAAUGUAGACCUCAGAGGAGGACUCAGAAAUUCUGCUGUCCAGAUCAAGUUUCCAUUCUAUUUCUGCAAAGAUACUGUCUUGGGAUACAGAAACAAAGUUGUUAGUAUAUUUAUUAUAAAUUUUGAUAGGAAUUUACUUUCAUUGUCAAAUAGUAAAUAUGCUGACUCUUACAUAAUAAAAUUGUCUCCUUGACACCACUUUUGAAUUACGGUCAUUUUCUGGCAGUGCAAACUGUUAUUUUUUUUUUGAAAGAAGCAAGUUCUGUCUAAUUUUAGAGUCUAGAGUCUAUUUAGACUGAUACUAAACAAACACACCCAUUAAAAAACAUUCCACUUUGUCUGAAAUUGAUAUAUUUGUCCUUGAGUGUACAUUUCGCCUUACCUUUGUAUGACAUUUUCUUUUAUGGUGUUUUUGAAAACUGCAUAUAGUUGAUUUUUAUUCACAAUCUGAAAAUAUUUGUAUUUUAAUAAGGGCAUUAAUCCAUUGACUUUUACUGUCACAGCUGAUAGGCUGUUAUAUUUGCUGUUUUGAUUCGUGCCUUUUGUUUUUUGUGUGUAUUAUUACAUUUGUUUUUUUCUUUUAAUAUGUGGAAUUUAUUUUCAUUUCUUUUUUUUUUCUCUAAUGAUUGGGGGGAAGUUUUAGAAAGAUUUAUUUUCCUUUUCAAAUUCUCCUGGUAGUUCCAUUUUAGUUUUUUGUUUGUUUGUUUCUUUACUUAAUACUUGAACCUAUAUUUCUCUAUUAAUGUUAAUGAGGAUAUUAUAUCAACUUAAUGUAUGUAAAAUGGGGGAAUCUGUACUCUUUACUUCCCCUAUGCCCUUAACUCACUUGUUUCACAGGUUUUGUUGAUAUAUCCUUAUAUAACAUGGAACCGUUAUAUUUUUAUCUUUGAGUCCAAAAUUUUUACAAUUACAUUUUGUGGUGCACCCUAUUUGUGACAAACAUUGAGAGAAACCUCCGCAUUUUCACUGUUUUUAACAUAGUCUACCAACACUUAAUAAACUAGGUCUUCCCUAUUACUAUCAUUUAUUUUAUUUAUAGGUAGCCAGUGCUCAUUUUUGGAUAUAUUUUUCAGAGUUACAUGAAGAUAUUAUAUCAGAAAUCAAAUUAUUUUGCUUCAGACACAAAUUAAAUAUUAAUUAGUUAUAAAAUUCUCCAUAAACUAGAGGUUAAAGAAAACUCACAAACGCCUACACGGUACAAGCUGGAAAUGUAAAUUGUGAAAUAUGCCUAAUGUAAGAUCAUAGGUAAAGUCUAUAGCAUGAUGCAAAGGCGCAGGCCUAUUCUGAAGGCAUUCAUAUUCAACUAUGUAUUUUUAAGCUUGGAUGGAAAAAAGAAAUGACAACAGGCCAUUUAGGGUCACAGAUAGCUAGCGUUCCUGUAGACAUUGCUUGUGUGAUCUUUAUCAUUUAGUGGUGAAGAGAAGUCUGAGGCAAGUGUGAUUUCUGGUGCACAUGACCUGCUUUUCUCUACCUGACUUUUUUCAUUAUCCUCAAAGAACUAGAAAAAAAUCCCUGAAAUAGGCCUAACUGUUGAUGGUUUUUAAUUAAGUUGAUGUAUAAUUGAUAACCCCUUCAGUUUUGAAGGUUAGCAUUCCAAAUAAAUUAUUUAAUUUUUGAAUGUUGUGUCUGUGCCAUGUGUUCUGCUGUUUUCUUUAAGAACAUCAAUAUCCUAUGUUUCAUUUGCUUCCACAUAGCUUUAUUUCCUUGCAUGAUGUGAGAGUCUUCUCAUUUGUCAUUUAUAUUGUAGGUUUAGUUUUCUACAUAAGGACUUUGUGUAUGGCUUCUGAUUUUGUUUUUGCCAUUGUACUUAUGUUGACUAAAACUACUUCUUUAACAGCCUGUGCCCUUUAUUUGAUAUAUACAUACCUUUCAACCAAUAUUACUGCCCUUCUUAUAAAUAUGCGUUUGUGUGUAUGUGUCUGUGUGUAGUUCUGCAGUUUCUUUUUUUUUUUUAUUAUUUUUAUUUUUGAGACAGAAUCUCGCUCUGUUGCCCAGGCUGGAAUGCAGUGGUGCGAUCUCAGCUCACUUCAACUUCCACCUUCCAGGUUCAAGCGAUUCUCCUGCCUCAGCUUCCCUAGUAGUUGGGAUUAUAGGUGUGUGCCACCACGCCCGGCUAAUUUUUGUAUUUUUAUUUUUAUUUUUUUUAGUAGAGAUGGGGUUUCACCAUGUUGGCCAGGAUGGUCUACAUCUCCCAAUCUCGUGAUCCGCCUGCCUCAGCCUCUCAAAGUGCUAGGAUUACAGGCGUGAGCCACUGCACCUGGCCCUGUAGUCUCAUUUUACUUUAUUUACUGUUGAAUGAAGAGGACUUUCCAUGUCUGUUAUUUGAAUAGUAAUUGAUUGAGAAAGGUUCUGAUUGUCCUGCUCUUCAACCCCCGGGGUGCUGUUACAGUUCUUGUGUCAGACCUUAAAAUAGAAAAGAAGUUGACAGGUAAACAUUCACAUCAUCCUUUUUGGAUCUUGUUUUUGCAUAGGUAUAGGUCUGUUGAAUUAGGAAAUCUCUCAGUUACCUCUGUCUGUCUAGGUAGAGUAGAAUUUGUGCUUGGAUAAUUUAAAACAGUAUUUCUUCCUCUGACAUUGUUGAUACAGAAAAGCACUCUCACAGUUUUUCAUUGCUUCAUCCUUGCCUACUGCCAAUCUCUUAUUCCAACAUGUGACAUACUAUUGCCUCUCCACUUCAGCUCAAUCCAUAUUGUCUAUCUGGAAACUGGUGUUGCUGAAUAGCUGAAAAUAUUAUUUCUCAUAUUUUUGUAAAUAGGUUGACAAAUGCAUCGUGAUAUGUUCAGCACUGUACUGGUUUUAGCACUGUAAAUCUCAAGUCCUGGGGACCGCCACAGUUUUAGGCAAACCAAAUAAUUGUCCACUUUAUAAGCAACCAUAAAAUAUAAACUUCCCAGAGAUUGUAACUUCUAGUAGACCAUGUUCCUUUUACCUCAUUACUAAGGUUAUUUGCCUUUUUAAUAUCAACACUAGCUAAGUUAAUUUUAUCUUCUGUUGUAUAUAUUUUUAAAAAGCAGUAAACUAUUUUUUGCUUUAAAGAUAUAAGAUUAAAUUAUAAUAUUAAAGGUACUUGUUCAAAUUGUUGGUACCACUCUAACUGAAGCAAUUCUGAAACUUGGCUAGCCUGCCCUCAAAUAAUGUAGUCAGAGAAGUACAAAUGGAAGGAAAGUAAAGAUGAAAUUUUGUCUCCUUGGCUAGCUGUUCUAUAAAAGUCUGUGGGAUCUGCAAGCCCUGUGAUCAGUGAAACCCUUGUGCCUUUGACACUGGGACAUGUCAUGUUAGGAGGGGUGAGUAAAUUUUCCUUUACUUGGAUUUAGCUUGAGUAUCUUUCCUGAGGGCUCCAAUUGCCUUUGGCUUGUGAAAAUUUUCCUGAGUUCUAUAAAUUAAUAUGUGGGAAUGCCAAAGUUUGUGUGUGUGGGAGUGAGGGUGGUGUCAAAUGGAAUGAAAAAGUGAAGGCGUAAUAGUUCGUUUUCACACUGCUAUAAAGAACUACCCAAGACUGGGUAAUUUAUGAAAAAAAAAAAAAAAAAAGAGGUUUCAUUGACUCACAGCUCACCAUGGCUGGGGAAGCUUCAGGAAACUUAGAAUCAUGGCUGAAGACGAACGGGGAACAAGGGACCUGCUUCACAAGGUGGCAGGAAGAAUGAUGAAUGCAGGAGGAACUACCAAACAAUCAUAAAACCAUCAGAUGUCGUGAGUGAGCUCUUAUGACAACACGAACAGCAUGGGGGAAACUGCUUCCAUGAUCCAAUUAUCUCCACCUCGUCUCUCCCUUGACAUCUGGGCAUUAUGGGGAUUAUGGGGUUACAAUCAAAAUGAGAUUUUGAGUUGGGACACAGCCAAACCAUAUCAGAAGGGAUUAAAGCAAGGAGAGCCAAUCAUGACUGGCAAAACACAGACCAGCAACGUCACCAAUAAGAAUGACCCCAAGUCCAUCAACUCCCGUGUUUUCAUCGGCAAUCUAAAUACGGCAAUUGUCAAGAAAGUUGACAUUGAAGCCAUUUUUUCAAAGUAUGGAAAAAUAGUUGGAUGUUCCGUUCACAAAGGUUAUGCAUUUGUACAGUACAUGAGUGAGCGACAUGCAAGAGCUGCAGUGGCUGGAGAAAAUGCCAGAGUCAUCGCCGGCCAACCACUUGAUAUCAACAUGGCAGGAGAGCCCAAACCAUACAGACCAAAACCUGGAAACAAGAGGCCCCUUUCUGCACUUUACAGACUUGAAUCAAAGGAACCUUUCCUGUCUGUUGGCGGUUAUGUCUUUGACUAUGAUUACUACAGAGAUGAUUUCUACAAUCGGUUAUUUGAUUACCACGGGCGUGUGCCUCCACCUCCCCGUGCAGUAAUUCCGCUGAAGCGUCCCAGAGUGGCAGUCACAACGACUCGCAGGGGGAAAGGAGUCUUUUCCAUGAAAGGUGGAUCGAGAUCUACUGCCAGUGGGUCAACAGGUUCUAAAUUGAAAUCAGAUGAGUUACAGACCAUCAAGAAAGAAUUAACCCAGAUCAAAACUAAAAUUGACUCCUUGCUAGGGCGCCUGGAGAAGAUUGAGAAACAGCAGAAGGCGGAGGCAGAAGCUCAGAAGAAGCAAUUGGAAGAGAGUCUAGUGCUGAUUCAAGAGGAAUGUGUGUCAGAGAUUGCAGAUCACUCUACAGAGGAGCCUGCUGAAGGAGGGCCAGAUGCCGAUGGAGAAGAGAUGACAGAUGGGAUAGAGGAGGACUUCGAUGAAGAUGGGGGUCAUGAGCUGUUUCUACAGAUAAAGUGAUCUGAAAUAACGCAUGAUGCCGCAAAGCAGAAAAGAGAAACUGUGACAACCCCCAGAAAUGUGAAAGGAGGUUUCUUACUGGACAGCAGCAUCUUUGGUUCAAUUUAUAUAAAAACCCAAAUAAAUAAAAUGGACAGUAUUGCUCAGUUUUAGAAAUUCCAUUUCUUCUAUGUUUUAAGCUGUACAAUUGUCAGGUUUUUAUGGUUUAAAUUGUAAAAUGUGUUUUCCCCUUUGCUAAUUAUGUUUUUUUUUUUUAGUCUUAAAAUGUGAAAGGCAUUUAUGAAUGGUAAGGGAGACACUAUAUACAAAUGUAUAUUUGUAAAAGCUAUUUUUAUGAUUAGCAUGUUUCACUGUUGAUCAUAUAUAAAGUCAGGUGAUAUUGCAAUUCUGUAUUUAAAGCUUAUUUCCAACAAUGUCAUGUAAGAAAAGAUGCAUCUUAUGCUAGUUUUUAUAAUUUAUUUAUAAUUUAUAGUUUAAAGUAAUUCAGAUCAUAAUGAUAAAAUACUUGAAAAAGUUAUAUUUCUGCCCUGUAUAAGCACCCUUUUUAUUAAUAAAGAAUGCAGAUAUUUCAGAUGUGAUAUAAUAGUUAAAGAACUGUUGGUUUGAUCUGUGAUUAAGUUGAGCAUGCUCCGCUCUACUGAACUAAAUGAUCCAAUUAUUACUUCAGUCUGGGUAUGAGAUUCCAUGGACAAGUAAGGACUAGAUUGCCAAGGAAAAGACUGUCUUGCCCUUGGAUCCAAAAGUUUAAAUUAGUGCAUACAUCAUGUCAUUUCACCUCCUGUUCCUAGGAACUCUCCAUUCCCAAGCAUUGCCAGUGUUUUCCAGAUAAUCUUAGCUGUUGUCUUGUGCUGUGGAAAUGGAAGAAACCAUCUUCACAGACUGUAGGAGAAUUCAACAUAUAAUUUCUUAAUAAAUACUGUUUCUUUUAAAACAAA